AUGCACGGCUCCUGUGAGCCGCCCGCCAUGGCCGUGCCGCGGCUCGACUUCGUGCCCAAGCGGCCGAGCGUCUUCGAGAGGAUCCCCGCGCUGCCCGAGCCGCGAGGCGCCAGGGGCUCCAAGGAGCACUGCCAGCCGCACAGGCACCAGAGCCUGAAGGUGAACGGUGGCUACAGUCAUUGUAACCUGAUCUCAGAGAAGAAGAACAUGAUGGACGUGGAGGUGACAAACAGCUCAGUACCUGUCUGCAGACAAGGUCUGUUCAUCCAUGCGGGGAGCCCACUUAUGCGAGACCACCCACUGUCCUGUGAGAGGCUGCUGCAUGUUGGGCAGCUCAACUUGGCACACUCGGACCUAAGGUCGGCCAGGUUUCCGGAGCCGGGAGAUGCUGCCGCUCCAUGCCUGAAUGGAAGCCACCCGGCUCAGCACAUCAAACAGGAGUGCCUGAGUGAUUAUAAGGUUGUGUCUGAGGCGUCUCCACACAGGAGGAUUACGGAGGGGAUGGAGCUGCGAGCCUCCGGUAGUCUGCAUCCGGACAUAGACCUGGUGAAUAAUAGCUUUACAAAUUCGCUUUCAACGUACUUGUUCAAUAAUGAACAUAGCUCCUCCCUGGGUCCCUUGUCACUUGGCACCCCGCAGCACUCGGCCAGGCUGCAGGCGAGCAGCCUGAAGAAGAGAUGCCUUUCCGUGGUGCCAUCCUCAGCUGAAGGAAUCGAUAUUACCGCUAUCAUCCGCACCUCGCAGACGUCACUGGUCACCUGUGUGAAUGGGCUGCGGACUAACUCAGCUGGCAUUUCCUCUCAUCCUGUGGAGAGCGGCCAUCACAGUGCUCAGAAAUCCUCUCGGCCCCAGUCUUGCUCUCAGCCCGGAAACCCUUGCAGCAUCCCCUCCCCUCCAGCAUGUCUGGUGCCUCUCGCCGCUGACUGUGACAGAGGGGACUGCGAGCAGAUCCAAAUGCAGCAAGUGGAGGAGAAUGGAAACCUCAGCCUUAUGAUGAAUGGCACGAGCAUUCCUCAUCAGAGCGCCCCGCACAGCACCCAGAAGGUGAGUUUCUUAAAACAAGAACCGGCCGAUGAUUAUUCCUCCACUUCUGACCUUUUCCGGCAUCACCAGGGGCUGCCUCCUCCCUACCAUCUCCAUCAGCAGCUCGGCCAGACCCCGGGGCCGCUGCCUCCCUUGCACCCCUCCGUGUCCCCCAAGUCCCUUCAGGCCAGCGAGGGCGACGAGCAGGACCUCGGCAGCGGCAAGCAGGUCUGUCGGUGGAUUGACUGCAGUGCCACGUACGAGCAGCAAGACGAGCUGGUCAGGCACAUAGAAAAGACGCACAUUGACCAGCGGAAAGGAGAGGACUUCACUUGCUUUUGGGCAGGCUGCGUCCGCCGGUAUAAACCCUUCAAUGCUCGUUACAAACUGCUGAUUCAUAUGAGGGUUCAUUCCGGAGAAAAACCAAACAAGUGCAUGUUUGAAGGGUGCAACAAGGCAUUUUCUAGGCUUGAGAACCUUAAGAUUCACCUCCGGAGUCACACUGGGGAGAAGCCAUACCUGUGUCAGCAUCCUGGCUGCCAGAAAGCUUUCAGCAACUCCAGCGACCGGGCAAAGCACCAGCGAACACACCUGGAUACUAAACCGUAUGCCUGUCAGAUUCCCGGCUGCUCCAAGCGCUACACGGACCCCAGCUCGCUGCGCAAACACGUCAAAGCCCAUUCAGCCAAGGAACAGCAGGUGCGUAAGAAGCUAAAUUCAUGUACUGAUAUCGAACAAGAUGUACUAAGUGAAUGCUUAGCUAUACAACAGCUCCACACAUCUUCACAGCACAUUUUGGAUGGGAAAUGUGGCAGAUCUGUAGGUCAUCAUGAUUUAAUUACAGGCAUGUACAGCGGUCCCAGCGCUAACCAUAACGGUCCCUCCCCGGGCGUUCUGCCGCCGCCUCAUGACGUCCCUUCACGACACCAUCCGCUUGAUUCCGCCCUUGCCAGUCCGCAUCACCACCAGUCACCGCUGGAGAGUGCCAGGGAAGGGCUUGCCUCCAACGUCAUCUCCCCGCUYGUCAGCCCGCUGAAGGCGCUCGUGCCCCCGUCGCUGCUGCAGAAACACGGCUCUCCGGCGCCGCACAGCCAGUCGCCCAACGGGCAGCAGUUUCCUGCCGCACCRAAUAAACCCUACGCUCAGUUCCAAAACCAGUCUGUACCACAGGGAUCACAAGGUUACCAGGGCAGCUUUCACUCCAUACAAAACUGUUUCCACUACGGCGACUGCUACCGCCCGCUGGAGCAGCCCGCGGGCGACGCGCUCCCCGGGGACUCGCACUGCUUCGCUCCCCUCAGGCACAACGGCUACCACUUGCUCAAUGCACCUCUAGCUGCCACAGGCUACGAGGCGGUUUCCGAAGCGCCCUGCGCCCCUGAAGACUUGGUCUCCAGCGGCCCGGAGGAGAACGGCUUCUUCCAGAACGGCGCCUUUGAUCACUGCUUGAAUCACAUUCCCUCCAUCUAUACAGACACCUAAGAACAGAGCCGGCCCUGUUUCCUGUAUUAUUACCUAUAACUGUGUAUGUAAUAACAAAGAUGUUGUUCAAGUACUUUUAUUUAGUCUGUAUCCCUAUAUGUGCUCAUUUAAAUAAACACCUCACAUUUACCAAACCAUUUUAUACAUGAAUAGUCUGUGUAAGGUACUAUUGGAAGCUGUUCCUUUGCUGUGGCACUUUGAAAUUCAGGCUUUAAGGGAAGGAGGAGCAGUUGAAGCAGCUUGUUUUGUAAGUCCUCUCAGUAAAGUGUAAAUGUAAGUUAUAUAAUAAACUUGUAAAGAAGGUUUGUUUUUUCUGAAAAGUAUGUUUUCAAUUUGAGAAUGUUGGUCCCUUUAAUCAGUUUUCAUUUAAUUCGUUGGUCCUUUUUUUGUUUUUGUU